AUGGAGGAAUACAACAAAAAGAGAGACGAUAUGAAACAUCAUGAACGCACCGAACCCGACAAGGGGGUCAGGAUGCCGAUGGAAAUGGGCACCUUACAGCGCCGGCUCAAGUCCCGCCAUAUUCAAUUCCUUGCUCUCUCUGGGGCUAUUGGGACUGGACUCUUUGUGGGCACAGGUCAGAUCCUUUCGCUGGCUGGGCCAUUAUCGAUGGUGCUCGCGUAUCUCAUCACGGGAUUUAAUCUCUACGCGGUGAUCAACAGCAUGGGUGAAAUGGCGACCUGGCUUCCAUUACCUGGCGCCGUUCCCGUGUAUGCAUCUCGAUUUGUUGAUGAGGCCCUGGGCUUUACUCUGGGAUGGAACUAUUGGUAUCAAUUUGCUAUUGGUGUUCCGAUUGAAAUAAGUGCAGCUGCUCUUGUGAUCGACUACUGGCCUAACAACAUUUCCUCGGCCGUGUGGAUUACGGUACUCUAUGUGAGUAUUUUCGCCCUCAACUGCCUUCCUGUUCGGAUCUAUGGUGAACUCGAGUUUGUGCUUGGCUCGAUAAAGCUCUUAACUAUUGUGGGUUUGAUGUUGCUCAUGCUCAUCAUCACGCUCGGCGGAGCUCCGACACAUGACCGGAUAGGGUUCCGCUACUGGAAAAACCCGGGUCCUAUGAAUACCUAUCUAGAGGAUGGAUCCUUAGGGCGCUUUCUGGCGUUUUGGAAAGUUUUUAUUCAGGCAACUUUCAGCUACGGGGGUAGUGAAAUGGUUGUCAUCGCCGCAGGAGAGACAGAAAAUCCGCGGCGGAAUAUCCCCAAAGCCGUGCGGCGUGUUUUCUGGCGAAUUGCCAUCUUUUAUGUUGGCAGUGUUUUCCUUGUCGGUCUAUGUGUCUCAUCUCAAGAUCAUAGGCUGCUCAACGCCAUUGAUGCCGGCGCGGCAGGCGUGGGGGCAAGCCCUUUUGUCAUUGCAAUCGAGAAUGGCGGUAUUCCGGUGCUACCAUCCAUCAUCAACGCCGUUGUUCUCACAUCGGCAUUUUCAGCUGGCAAUUCUUUCUUUUAUGCCUCGACUCGAAUACUAUAUUCCACGGCAUUGGAUGGGAAAGCGCCUCGGCUGCUCCGAUUCGAGAAAUUUGGAGUUCCAUAUGCCUGUGUUGCGAUCACUGCUGCUCUGAGCUUACUUGUGUACCUCAAUGUUGCAUCAAGCUCAGCUGAAGUCUUUUUCUGGAUUAGCAACCUGAGCUCUGUGAGCACAUUGAUCGUGUGGUCUUCAAUUGCUGCGACAUAUGUUCGUUUCUAUCAAGGACUUAAACACCACGGCAUCCCGCGGUCCACUCUUCCAUUCCAGUCACCUUUCCAGCCGUUCCUGGCCUACUUUGCAAUAGUAUUCUCCUUGAAUGUGGCAUUCUUUAAUGGCUUUGAUGCUUUCUUUCCUGGUCAUUUCAGUGCCAAGACCUUUAUCCCGCCUUACAUUGACAUUCCCAUAUUUGCUUGUCUUUUUCUAGGUUACAAAUUCCUGAAAAGAACAAAGUUUGUCAAGGUAGAGGACAUGGAUUUCUGGUCUGGAAAAGAAGAGAUUGACCGACUAGAAUCCGUGUGGGAAGAGCCAAAGCCUCGCAACUUUCUUGGUACGUUCACCUCUUUCUUUUUCUUCCUUUGGCAGCUUAUUACAGAUACUGACGCACAUCCCACAGAGCGAAUAUGGUUCUGGAUUGCGUGA